CGUCACUGCGUCAGCGGCUGAAAAUGCCUGCGUCGGGACGGGGGCACGGAACUGCUGAGGGGUUGACGAAUAAACAUCGGAGAUGAAGGGAGAGAGUAGGUUUUGGCCAGCGAAGUGGACGCUGCAGCAGUAACCUGUCAGUAUCACGACUCCCCCGCAGCCUCCCCGCGUAGCGGACGUUGUAUGAGGACGCCGGGAGAAAGGGCUUUGUUCGCGGUGAGGUAGCGAAUGUAGGAGAGCGCAGGGGAGGGCUGUAGCUGCUGGGCUUUUUGGAGAAACAACAUGGCUGCGGCGGAGCUCGAAUGGAUCCCGGAGACCCUGUACAACACCGCUAUCUCGGCUGUGGUGGACAACUACAGCCGGUCCAGAAGGGACAUACGCUCGCUGCCGGAAAACAUCCAGUUCGACGUCUACUAUAAGCUUUACCAGCAGGGCCGGCUCUGUCAGCUGGGAGGAGAGUUCUGUGAGCUGGAGGUGUUCGCUAAAGUGCUUCGGGCCUCAGACAAACGACAUCUGCUGCACCACUGCUUCCAGGCCCUCAUGGACCACGGGGUGAAGGUGGCUUCGGUCCUGGCCAACUCGUUCAGCCGCCGCUGCUCGUACAUCGCAGAGUCUGACGCCCAUGUCAAAGAGAAGGCUAUCCAGUUCGGCUUUGUGCUGGGGGGCUUCUUGUCUGACGCUGGCUGGUAUGGAGAUGCAGAGAAAGUGUUUCUGUCGUGCCUACAGCUGUGCACGCUCCACAGUGAGGUGCUCCACUGUUACCGAGCGGUGGAAUGCUGCGUCAGGCUGCUCCAUGUCCGCAACGGCAACUGUAAGUACCACCUCGGGGAGGAGACCUUCAAGCUUGCUCAGUCUUACAUGGAUAAACUAGCCAAACAUGGCCACCAGGCCAACAAGGCGGCGCUGUACGGCGAGCUCUGUGCCUUGCUCUUCGCCAAAAGCCACUACGAUGAGGCGUAUAGGUGGUGUAUAGAAGCUAUGAAGGAAAUUACUCCAGGACUGCCUGUCAAAGUAGUUGUAGAUGUUCUCCGACAAGCAUCCAAGGCUUGUGUGGUGAAGAGGGAGUUCAGGAAAGCGGAGCAGCUGAUCAAACAUGCCGUGUUUCUAGCAAGAGAACAUUUUGGACACAAGCAUCCCAAGUACUCCGACACGCUGCUAGAUUAUGGCUUUUACUUGUUAAAUGUGGACAACAUCUGCCAAUCGGUUGCAAUUUACCAGACGGCCCUGGACAUCCGACAGUCUGUGUUCGGGGGGAAGAACAUCCACGUGGCCACAGCCCAUGAAGACCUGGCUUACUCCUCAUACGUUCACCAGUACAGCUCUGGGAAAUUUGACAACGCUCUUUUCCACGCGGAACGUGCCAUAGACAUUAUAACCCAUAUCCUGCCUGAGGACCAUCUUCUGCUGGCGUCUUCCAAGAGAGUCAAAGCCCUAAUUCUGGAGGAAAUCGCCAUCGACUGCCACAAUAAAGAGACAGAAGAGCGCCUCCUGCAGGAAGCUCACGACCUCCACCUCUCCUCGCUGCAGCUGGCCAAGAAGGCUUUUGGGGAGUUCAAUGUUCAGACAGCCAAACACUACGGCAACCUUGGGCGGCUCUACCAGUCCAUGAGGAAGUUUAAGGAGGCAGAGGAGAUGCACAUCAAAGCCAUCCAGAUCAAGGAGCAGCUGCUGGGCCACGAGGACUACGAGGUGGCUCUGUCUGUGGGUCACCUGGCCUCCCUCUACAACUACGACAUGAACCAAUACGAGGACGCAGAGAGGCUCUACCUGCGCUCCAUCGCUAUCGGGAAGAAGCUGUUUGGAGAAGGCUACAGUGGGCUGGAGUAUGACUACAGAGGCCUGAUCAAACUCUACAACUCGGUGGGGAACUACGAGAAGGUGUUUGAAUACCACAAUGUACUGUCCAACUGGAACCGACUGAGGGACCGGCAGUUUGCAGUAGCAGACGCUCUGGAGGACGUCAACACCACACCCCAGCAGACCCAGGAGGUGGUCCAGGCUUUCCUACAGGCUCAGAGCCUUGGCCCCACCCGCCCCUGUCUGGGCUAACACCCCCCCUCCCCACUUGUUCCAAAAUGACAAGGAAAAACAGACAUGGUUUUAGUCUGGUGAGACCACAAGUAAGAGGCCCAAUGUGGCGCUUCAGUUGCUCACAGUGGAUUAGUCAAAUUGAGUAAAUGUAACCAUCACCGGCUGGUCGGUUGUCUCGAUCGUCGCUGCAGCUGCCAGUACACACACAGACACACGUAGUCAUUAAAAAAAAAGCAUAAAGAAGUAGAGAAGACACCGCCAUUAAAGCUCGUCAGUUCACUCGAACUCCAAGAUGCAGCGUCGCAGAGCAGCGUGCCGCAUUUCUCCACCAGAGCGAGCAAACGUGACCGAAGGAGGGACAAGUUAAACCUUCAGAGAUCCUCUUCUCCUGGAUGGCUGGCCUUUAUCGUCUCCUGCAGAAAAUCAGAGGACCUUUGGGCUGCGGGGUUAAGCUAGUGCCCUGAGUGUAUCUAGACAGUAGGUGGACCCGGCAAGAAGUACUUGCAUCAACCAGACCUUCCGUCAUCAUAGACGGAAACAGUUGGAUAUUUUUCACACUCAUAUACUUAUAUAAUACAGCACGUUGUACUUUUUUAAGUUGAAGGUUUCUUGUAAGUUUUUGUUUUUUAUUGGAGUGGACAUGAAUAAACUUCUUGCUCUGAAGCGCUUGCUGGCGUGAGAAAACCAACAGUGGAAUGUGUUUCAGCCAGCGGGGAUGUGACACACAUGCAACAGGCUUCAGGUGUCAUUUCUUCACUUUUUUUUUUUUUUCUUCCCCACCUCAGUGUGACGUUGGCCUAAUUAAAAUAUCAACAAUUUGUAUGCAAAAGUCUAUGAUUAUGUAGCCAUUUGUUUCUGCGUCGUUACCAAGUCAUGAAGUCUAAAACGGCUCUGUGUUGAUGAGGGAGGGGGGUGCAUUUCACCAGGUACUCCACUGAAGACAACCAGCCUUACACCAGCUUGCAGUUAAAGGUCUGUAGGUGGAGCCAUACUUAAAAGUGCUUCAGAAACCACCUCCUUCCUCUAAGGGCACCACAAAGGGGACCAACAUUAUGUGCGAGUGUUGGCUUGCGCUUAAGGCUCUCACACUUUUGUUUUGCAUGUCGUUGCAGCAGUGUUCAUGUUUUUGUUCACUUCAAACAUGACUGAGCCUCCGACAGUUUGUCCAGAAUCUGUCCUGCAGAGCCACUGAUGUCAUUAUUACCCCCUCAGAAAACAGAACUGGCUGAAAACAGUUUUUUUUUUUUUUUUUAACUGCUGUGUCACAUAAUGGCAACUUAAAAAGAUGGAGACCCUCCAGUUGUUUUUGCAAUAGUUUAUCAUUUUCAUGCUUUUAAUUUGAGUUCCAUCAGUGCUGCAUUUGAAAACAUAUUGGCUUCGGACUAGAUGUGAGCUGCUUGCAUUUAGCCUGUUGAAAACUGUGCCAAAAAAAUUUAAAGUACCGUUUUUUUUUUUUGUUUUUUGCUUUUUUGUUGCCCUCUGGUGGUUAAACUGUGUAAUAGCACCACUAUAAUGACCCUUUAAAUUAUUGUUCAAUUUAACUUUGUUCCAUGUUAGGAAAUGUUCAAACUUUGACACAGAAAAAAAGUAAACCUGUGUCUUCAUACACCACGUCUGUCAUUUAAAGGUACAGUGCAACACUCUUGUAGUCCUAGAUUCUGGCAUCUGUCUGCAGGAAACCUUUUAUGGAUUUCCUCUGUGUUCCACCUAAAAAACAACAUAUGAAAAUCAAUUAAUUUUAGAUUUUGUUCAUCCUGAAACAGAUGAGGUGAGGCUGUAAGUGCAGAGCUGAUGAUGAAGACAUCUGUAGCUGCGUAGUGCUGAUGGCAGCUACAGGGUGUGUAAAGUGUUUGAUUUAGGCCGAGCAAACAAAUGUAGACAAUAUCUGCAGCUUUUCUCAAGAAACUUUGCCUUCAAUAAACACUAUGUUGGUGUUUUUAUCUCCUAAUGAAUGAAGAAACGAGCUUUGCCUUCAACAUGUUGUUGGAACCCCCCUCCCUCCAAUUACUCUGCUGGCUUUCAGGACCUACUUCUGAUGCUUGUUUCAACAAGAGUCUGUAGACCUAAGCAGCUGCAGAGCCACUUUCUGCUACAGAUGGGUCAAAAUGUUGAGUGUUAUGAUGAUGAAAUAUGGACUUCAACUGCAUUUCACUGGAACAAAUCAACCCCUAUGUGCUCCUUUUCUUUGAGUCUCAUCAAAGAUGGUAGUCUUUUCUGAGCCGCGGGCCUGAGGUCCGUUUCACGAAGCAGGUUUAGUGAAAACUAUGAAAUCAGGGAAACUCCGGGUUUUCCGUUUCACUCAACCUCUGCGCCUGAGUUUAACGCUGCUUGGUGAAACGGACCUCUGGAGUUGCUCUCAGGAGCUUCUGCAUCUUAUGCAAUGGGUUUUUCUCUACCUGUGAACGUUGAGGGGAAAAGGGAGCAGUGCUGCUGGACGGUUGGUAAAGGUAAAGCGGUGACUCCCCCCUCCAGUAGUCUCGCCUGCUGUUUGGAUCAGGUGAUGGAUACCAAAUGCAAGGAGAGGACGUUUUUACUGUUGUUCUGUUACUGCUUCACUGUUAGAUGCAAAAAAUUAAAAAAAAUAUUAAAAAUGUAUAUCAUUGACCACAA